CCGCCGCCGCCGCCGUCGCCGCCGCCCGCCCGCCGGACGACGAGGCGCCCCCUGAGGGGCGGAGGAAUCGGGCCUGGGGAGCGGGCGCUGAGGGAGGAGCCAGGUCGGAGCUGCAGAGGGCCCUGGCGAGGAGGUGGAGGGCUGAGGCCCGGAGGAGGCCCCCGCCGCGAUGGGCAACCUGGAGAGCACCGAGGGCGGUCCGGGCGAGCCGCCCUCCGUCCCGCUGCUGCUGCCGCCCGGCAAGACGCCGAUGCCCGAGCCGUGCGAGCUGGAAGAGAGAUUCGCCCUAGUGCUGAGUUCCAUGAACCUGCCUCCUGACAAGGCCCGGCUCCUGCGACAGUACGACAACGAGAAGAAGUGGGAUCUCAUCUGUGACCAGGAACGAUUCCAGGUGAAGAAUCCUCCCCACACCUAUAUCCAGAAACUUCAGAGCUUCUUGGACCCCAAUGUAACACGGAAGAAGUUCAGGAGGAGAGUACAGGAGUCAACCAAGGUCCUGCGGGAGCUGGAGAUCUCACUUCGCACCAACCACAUUGGGUGGGUGAGGGAGUUUCUCAAUGAUGAAAACAGAGGCCUGGAUGUGCUGGUGGAUUACUUGUCAUUUGCCCAGUGUUCUGUCAUGUUUGACUUUGAGGGUCUGGAGAGUGGCGAUGAUGGUGCAUUUGACAAGCUCCGGUCCUGGAGCAGGUCAAUCGAGGACCUGCAGCCGCCCAGCGCCCUGUCGGCCCCCUUCACCAACAGCCUCGCUCGCUCUGCGCGCCAGUCCGUGCUCCGGUACAGUACUCUUCCUGGCCGCAGGGCCCUGAAGAACUCCCGCCUGGUGAGCCAGAAGGAUGAUGUCCACGUCUGUAUCCUCUGUCUCAGAGCCAUCAUGAACUAUCAGUAUGGCUUCAACUUGGUCAUGUCCCACCCCCAUGCUGUCAAUGAGAUUGCACUUAGCCUCAACAACAAGAAUCCAAGGACCAAAGCCCUGGUCUUGGAGCUGCUGGCAGCUGUGUGUUUGGUGCGGGGAGGACAUGAAAUCAUCCUUGCUGCCUUUGACAAUUUUAAAGAGGUGUGUAAAGAACUGCAUCGGUUUGAGAAGCUAAUGGAGUAUUUCCGGAAUGAGGACAGCAACAUUGACUUCAUGGUGGCCUGCAUGCAGUUCAUCAACAUUGUGGUGCACUCAGUGGAGGACAUGAACUUCCGGGUCCACCUGCAAUAUGAGUUUACCAAGUUGGGGCUGGAGGAAUUCCUGCAGAAGUCAAGGCACACGGAGAGCGAGAAGCUGCAGGUGCAGAUCCAGGCAUACCUGGACAAUGUGUUCGAUGUGGGGGGGUUGUUGGAAGAUGCUGAAACCAAGAAUGUAGCCCUGGAAAAGGUGGAAGAGCUGGAAGAGCACGUGUCCCACCUCACAGAGAAGCUGCUGGACCUGGAGAAUGAGAAUAUGAUGCGGGUGGCGGAACUGGAGAAGCAGCUGCUGCAGCGGGAAAAGGAGCUGGAGAGCAUCAAGGAGACGUACGAGAACACAAACCACCAGGUGCGCACUCUUCGGAGGCUCAUUAAAGAGAAGGAGGAGGCCUUCCAACGCCGACGCCACCUGGAGCCAAGUGCCCGGGGCCUGGAGUCCGUAGGUGGUAGCGAGGCCCUAGCCAGGAUAGGCCCUACAGAGUUGGGGGAGGGCAUGCCACCCUCUGACCUGGACCUGCUGGCUCCAGCCCCACCUGCUGAGGAGGCCCUUCCUCUGCCCCCUCCACCGGCUCCGCCUUUGCCCCCACCCCCUCCGCCACUACCAGACAAGUGUCCCCCUGCCCCUCCUCUCCCUGGCGCUGCUCCUUCUGUGGUGUUAACAGUGGGCCUGUCAGCCAUUCGAAUCAAGAAACCUAUCAAGACCAAGUUCCGGCUGCCAGUCUUCAACUGGACAGCACUGAAACCCAAUCAGAUCAAUGGCACUGUCUUCAGUGAACUUGAUGAUGAGAAGAUCUUGGAGGACUUAGACCUGGACAAGUUUGAAGAGUUAUUUAAGACAAAAGCUCAGGGUCCUGCCCUUGACCUCAUCUGCUCCAAGAAUAAGACAGCACAAAAGGCUGCCAGCAAGGUGACCCUUUUGGAAGCCAAUCGUGCCAAGAACCUGGCUAUCACCCUUCGCAAGGCUGGGCGCUCUGCUGAGGAGAUCUGCAGGGCCAUCCACACGUUUGACUUACAGACACUACCUGUGGACUUCGUGGAGUGCCUGAUGCGCUUCCUGCCCACAGAGGCCGAGGUGAAGCUGCUGCGGCAGUAUGAGCGUGAACGGCAGCCCCUGGAGGAGCUGGCCGCUGAGGACCGCUUCAUGUUGCUCUUCAGCAAGGUGGAGCGGCUGACCCAGCGAAUGGCUGGCAUGGCCUUCCUGGGCAACUUCCAGGACAACCUGCAGAUGCUCACACCGCAACUGAACGCCAUCAUCGCAGCCUCUGCCUCCGUCAAGUCCUCACAGAAGCUGAAGCAGAUGCUGGAGAUCAUACUUGCAUUGGGGAACUACAUGAACAGCAGCAAGCGAGGUGCUGUGUAUGGCUUCAAGCUGCAGAGCCUGGAUCUGCUGCUGGACACCAAGUCCACCGACCGCAAGAUGACACUGCUGCACUUCAUCGCCCUGACGGUGAGGGAGAAGUACCCAGACCUGGCUACCUUCUGGCAGGAGCUGCACUUCGUGGAGAAGGCUGCAGCAGUGUCCCUGGAGAACGUGCUGCUGGAUGUGAAAGAACUGGGCCGGGGCAUGGAGCUGAUUCGACGGGAAUGCAGCAUUCACGACAACAGCGUCCUUCGGAACUUCCUCAGUACCAAUGAAGGCAAGCUGGACAAGCUCCAGCGUGAUGCCAAGACCGCUGAGGAGGCCUACAACGCAGUUGUGCGCUACUUUGGCGAGAGUCCCAAGACCACACCUCCUUCUGUGUUUUUCCCAGUAUUUGUCCGAUUCAUUCGUUCUUACAAGGAAGCAGAACAAGAGAAUGAAGCUCGCAAGAAACAAGAGGAGGUGAUGCGGGAGAAGCAGCUGGCUCAGGAAGCCAAGAAGCUGGAUGCCAAGACUCCAUCCCAGAGAAACAAGUGGCAACAGCAGGAGCUGAUUGCAGAACUGAGGCGGCGCCAAGCUAAGGAACACCGACCUGUUUACGAGGGGAAGGAUGGUACCAUUGAGGACAUCAUCACAGGCUUCAACCACCAGCCCAGUCAUUCGCAACCAAGCCAGGAGUGUUGUACCACCCAGUGGCCCUCCUCGGGCUCCAGGUCCCCACUGAGACCCUCGUGGAGGCAGAAGUACUUUAAUUCUGAGUCCUGCAAGUCUGGACAGUGGACCUGGGGCCCAGCAGAAGGCUGUGCUGUUCCCGCCACAGCCACUCUGGCUCUGAGGCUGGAUCUUCCCUGUGCCACUGUGGGUACUAGGGCUGUAGGGACCUGGCACUUCCCUAGUGCCUCCCAUAAUGCACCUUGCCCCCACCAUCUUCAACUUCAAUCAGGGCUGGGAAAAACCACUUCCAGCUUUGGCUCGUGAGGGCAGAUGGCCCCUCUUCCACUAGAGUCUAAUGGGAUGAAAAAGGAGGAUGCUGUACUCUCUCUAUAUAUUUUUUUCUUUUUGCAGUCCCAUAGUCAGCUCUGGUCUAGAAGUAUCCAGGCUUAUGGAUCCCUGGACUCUGCCAAUAUCAGAUCAUCUCACAGAGUAAAGCCCUUCUUUACCUGGGCUCACUCUGCUAAGCCCUAGUAAAAAAGGGUAGAGGAGCAAUGUCAGGAUGUCAGGCCCACUGCCUUCUUGCACAUUCUACCUGAGGCAUGUUUUUUGUCCUGCCCUCCAGACCCUUGGUCCCACCCACCUUGGCAUCCAGCAUCUUGGCUUCCUGAGCCAGCUGCUUCUCCUGCAUUACCUCCUGCUUCUUCCGGGAGCUUCUUGCUCCACUUCCUCAAAACCAAAGGAUUGUGGGGGAAGACUUGAGGCUUUCAAAGAUGGAAAGGGAGGGGCUGACACUGAGUAUGGAGAACGGGGCAGUGGGACCAGCUCACCCCAGGUGGCCACUCUCUGGAAGGGUACUUCCUGCUCCAAACAAUGAUAGGAAGGGCCUGGACCCCACCCUGCUCACUGUCUUCCCACUGAAUGAAGAACAGAAUACUGUCUGCACCAGCUCCAAGACUGCUAGAGGAAGGAUGUACCAUCGUCUCACCUUUCCUCAGCUAGGUGGAUUCUGGCCGGGAGCAGGCAACAUAGAGGACCGUCAUAGACUAUUUGCUCAGUUCCCUGUUAGGGUCUCUGACCCUGAAGGGAGUUUGGGGGCACUCUGUCUUUGUACAUGUACCAUUUCCUUUCUCUUGUACAUAAACCCCACACCCUUCAACAAAGUCUUGUGCACCA